AUGAACUUACAGCCCGACGCUCCAAUACAGACGGUCAGAAGAGAAACGCCUCAGUAUCUACGAACUCAGUCACUACAGUCAUCCUUUGCCACCAACGAGUACUUGUCUGAUCAUGCUUCCGACGCCGCCAGUCAAAAAUCCGACGACACCAAAGCAAGCUAUGAGACUCCACCGUCGAGGAUAUCGACACCGAUAACAAGAGAUCCAGAUCCAGUACAACCACAACCUAACCAGGCCGACUCAGAGAUGACUCUCCCUACAAGACCAGGUGUCGUGCAUCCGGCGCCUCUCAAUAUUCGACAUGACCGCAACGACGGACAAAGCACCGUGCGGAUGCUGUCGGAUUUGGAUGAGAUGAGCCCACCGACACCUGAAGUGGACGACACUCCAUACAUACGAUUCGCCAUCGAGCAGCUGACGAGAGACGAGGACGUGCUGGGCCGUGGCAGACACAGCACUGCAACGCCGCCUGACGAACAGUCCCCGAUACUAUUCGGACCAGCAGAUCUCGAUUCACAACGCAGCCUGAACCUGAACACACCCACCCCCUCCUCUGUCCCUAACACUCCGCCUCAAGCGAGCCCACCGCGGCAACCAAAGAUUCAACGCAAACCCGUGGCCGAGGAGGUCAUGGUUCCCGUUGAUCUCUCCAAAGACCUUCGAUCCCGACUCGGCUUUGUACCAUUACCACUUCGCCUCCCCUUUCUGGGCCUGUACUUGUUUUUAUGCCUCUUAAUGAUUGCCGCCUUGAUGUUCAGUUUGAUAUUUGCCUCGCGAAAUCACGGGCUCUAUGACUACGACGGAAACGCGACUCCACGAUACUUUGUUUUCCAAUACCUUCCGCAACUCAUCGGCAUCCUCCUCAUCAUAUGGCUGUUUCAAAUCGAGGCGGCAGCGUACAGAUCUUGGCCAUAUUUCUGCAUGACACCCCGUCAUCACGCGCAUUCGAUAUUGCAGAAGAUGCGUAUUCUGCCGGCAAACUAUCUUUUACCAGACCUCGGCUUUUUCAGAAACGGUGAAAAGCUGCUGGGAAUGUCUCUUAUUAUUUUCUGGCUGACCAACUUCACCAUUCCAAUGCUGAGCUGUCUCUAUCAAACGCAAUGGAUCACUGACGACGGUCCUGCUCGAUUCAGAUGGACCACUGUUCGAGGCGUUGGGUGGACGCUAGUGGCACUGUACAUUCUGCUCGCUAUGGCUAUCAUAUACUGCAUCGUUUAUUUCCGACGCAGCAACUCGAACCUCCUGUGGGACCCGUGUUCAUUGGCCGACUUGAUCUGCCUGUUUCGACGGUCGAAUGUGUGCACGGAUUUCGAGCAGAUGGAAGUUCCGUUGGGACCAGGAGCCAAUGGCCAGAACCAGAUUCUACCCCGAAAACUCCGGUUGGGUUUCUGGACGACGACCGAACGGCCGGAUGUGUUCCACGCCGUAGGAGAAGAAUAUGCACCCAUCAAACGUCUCUCUAUGUCACCAAUACAAGUCACCGAGAAGAAGCCCGCCGCAGGCCUCACACAUCCCGCCGAAGCACUUGAUGUUGACCUCGAGGCGGCUCAACAGCGCCACUCGUACGGAUCUGCAUUUUCUCGAACCAUCCACUCGCCAUACGUCCGCUACCGCUGGACACCAUGGUACCUGCGCGAUUCGGCGGUGCUGGCUUGGAUCAUCGCGGCGAUUCUGUUGCUUAUUGCCUUUUUGGUAGUGAGUUUCGUGAACCACGCCGUGGAGAAAGGAUUCGACCCACUUCUGACCUCGUUGACCGACCGUGAUGGAUUCUCUCCGGCCGAUUUUCUAUACAGCUUUCUUCCAUCGUUUCUCGGGACGGUGCUGUUUCUGGCCUGGCAGCCGAUUGCCAUGUAUUUCAGGGCCGUGCAACCGUUCUGCAACCUCUCCCAGCACAGAGGUGCAGACGCCCGUCACUCCUUGUUACUAUCCUACCCAGCCCAGGGACCUAUCGGAGUGAUUGUCCGCUCACUCGCCAACGGCGACUACCGCGUCGCAUACGUCAGUUUUGUGUCCGUUCUGGCGGCUUCGAUCCCCGUCCUCGCGGGCGGUGUGUUCACUGCCCAGUUCUUUGCUGCUGAAAAUAAAGUCAGAAUGGUCGCCAGUAUGCCCGGGUAUAUUGCUCUGUGUGUCCUGCUGGCCAUCUAUGCGCUUUCGUAUUUGAUGAUUUGGCCUACCAGGAAGCGAUAUCUGCCACACAAUAUCAAUACCAUUGCAGGCCUGAUGAGCUGGCUGUACGCGAGUCCGCUGUUGGCCGAUGGUGCCUUUUCGAACGUCGGGUCCAAGGCUGAACUGGUCGAGAGGUUGAGUGGAGGGAACUCUGGCACCAAGCAAACAGUUACUUUGACUGGCGAUGGAGCUGGCAAGGGCAAUGGCAAUGCUAGUACUCGCCGGCAACGACGACGUUAUGGCGUCGGUCGAGGUACUAGUACUCGUACCACCACACCAGCAGCAGUGACAGCACCACGAUACGCGUUCGGCAUCUACAUUGGUCGCGAUGGACGCGAACAUCUCGGCAUCGACCGGCUCCAGCGACCAGGAAGUCGUGAAAUGCUGGUCGUCCCUACAUCGCAGUGA